AUGCCAAACUCUGCCAAAGUGUUGGAAAAGGUGUGCGAGGCGACGUGGAAGGAGGUCUGCGAGGGCCAGAGAAGGGGAGGGAGGUGUUUUAGUGCCACCGCCAGCGGCACCUGCCGCCUGGGGAAGUUCAUGGAGCCGUACAUCUUCGGCUGCCGCCUGGAGCAGGACAUCAUCGACUUGGAGCAGACGAUGCAGCACCUCCAGCUGGCCCUCAACUUCACCGCCCACGUCCCCUACCUCCAGUUCGGCUCCGGCGUCCGCCUGCCCGACCUCAUCAUCUUCCUCAGCAGCCUCAACAACGUCUUCGGUCCCCACGUGGCCAUCCGGGAUGCUGCCAAGAUGAACAUCCCCACGGUGGGGGUGGUGGACACAAACUGCAACCCCUGCUUGAUCACCUACCCCAUCCCGGGGAACGACGACAGCCCCAGCGCCGUGGAGCUGUACUGCAGGCUCUUCAGGAUGACCAUCACCCGCGCCAAGGACAAGAGGAAGCAGAAUGAGGCCUUUGCUGAGCUGCGGAGGAAGGCAGAGGGCAGUUAG